AUGGUUUCGGAGCUGCUGAGAAAUCGCAACACCCUCUCUCCAUUUAGGGUGUAUGUUGCGUUCGACAACGUUUGUAGAAAACUGGAUGGAGACUAA